ACCGUCACGGGCGUCAGUUCAGGGGGACGGUGGCUCCGAGCCAGCCCGCUGUGCACCCUCCGACCUGGUGACAGGGCGGGGAGGGGCGGGCAGGGCGCCCCGUCCUCCUGUCCUGGUAUCAGUUGUGCUCCUGUGGGUCUCUGGGAUCUUAGGGCCGAGGUCCCCAAGGGAGGGGGCUGCUCUGAGCUCCGGAACAGCCCCGGCCCUUGGCUUCUGCGAGGGUCUCGGGGCUCGUCCUGGGGAACCCCCUCCCCACCCCCCAGGGAGCAGCGUCGUCCAGAGCUGGGCAGCCUGACAGAUGUGGCCGGUGCCCCACCUUCUCCUCCCUCCGCAGAGGGUCUGAGGAAGCUGUUCUCGGGUGCAACCAUGGCCUCCAGUCGGGGGAUGCUGGUCACUGUGGGCCAGCUGUCCUGCUACGAUCAGGCCAAGCAGCUGGUCCUGGGCACGGGGUACCUGUCGGACGGCAUCUUCACGCACUUCAUCGCCAGCUUCAUCGCCGUAAGUGCCAGGCGGGUGUGCCAGGGGCCUGUGCCAGCCCCUGGACGUGCUGAAGACCCGCCUGAUGAACUCCAAGGGCGAGUACCAGGUGAGCGGGGCCUGGGGGUCCCUGCCCUGCGGCUGCCAGGCUCUGGCCCUGGGGUGGCCAACAGCUGUUCUCCCCCCAUGGGUCCCUCCCAGCCGCCUCCCAGCAGCCCUGGCCCCGUGUGUCCCUGAGUCAGAGUCUCUGAUAGACUAACUGGCAGGGCCCGGUGCCCACCAGUGAGCACGACCUGGGCUCCACGGUGCCCGGAUGGUGC